CAGCUUCCUAGGCAGUCGCCGGUCUCCUAGUUGGGCGAGGCUUGCGGGCGGGUCAUGCUACGCAAGGUUGGGACCCGUUUUGGCGCCCAGCUCCUCCCGGCCACACUGGGCCUGGGGCCCGGGCUACGGCGGAAGGUGUCUGGAGCGCGCGGGCAGGGCUGGCUGCAGCCUGCAGGCUACGAUACGGGCGUCAAGGUGUAUAACAGCCUCACCCGGAGAAAGGAUCCCUUAAUCGUGGGCAGCGCAGACGCCGCCUCCUGGUAUAGCUGUGGACCAACUGUCUAUGAUCAUGCCCACCUUGGCCACGCUUGCUCAUAUGUUAGAUUUGAUAUAAUUCGAAGGAUCCUAACCAGGGUUUUUGGAUGCAACAUCAUCAUGGUGAUGGGAAUUACAGAUGUGGAUGAUAAGAUAAUUAAAAGGGCUAAUGAGAUGAACAUAUCACCCGCUUCUCUCGCCAAUCUUUAUGAAGAAGAUUUUAAACAAGAUAUGGCAGCCUUGAAGGUUCUCCCACCCACAGUAUACUUGAGGGUAACUGAAAAUAUCCCUCAGAUAAUUUCUUUCAUUGAAGGAAUAAUUGCUAGUGGGCAUGCUUAUUCAACAGGAAAAGGCAACGUCUACUUUGAUCUGCAGUCGAGAGGAGACAAGUAUGGCAAGCUCGUCGGUGUCACCCCCAGGCCUGUUGCAGAGCCAGGUGAUUCUGACAAGCGGCAUGCUAGUGACUUUGCCCUUUGGAAGGCAGCUAAACCCCAGGAGAUGUUUUGGGCCUCUCCUUGGGGAAACGGAAGACCAGGCUGGCAUAUCGAAUGUUCCACCAUCUCAAGUUUGGUAUUUGGGAGUCAACUGGAUAUCCAUUCCGGUGGGAUAGAUCUAGCUUUUCCACAUCAUGAAAAUGAAAUCGCACAGUGUGAAGUCUUUCAUCAGUGCAAGCAAUGGGGAAAUUACUUUCUACAUUCUGGGCAUUUACACGUGAAAGGCAAAGAAGAAAAAAUGUCCAAAUCACUGAAAAACUACAUUACUAUUAAGGACUUUCUGAAAACGUUUUCCCCUGAUGUCUUCCGGCUCUUCUGCAUGAGGAGCAGCUACAGGUCAGCCGUCGACUACAGCAGCAGCUCCAUGCUGGAAGCAAAGCACCUCCUCCUGGCUACAGCCGCGUUCGUUGAGGGUGCUCGGGCCUACAUGAAGGGGCAGCUGGCGUGCGGCCCCGUCAGGGAAGACGUGCUGUGGGAGAGGCUCAGCCACACCAAGGCGGUGGUGAAGGCUGCCCUGGCGGACGACUUUGACACGCCGGGGGCUGUGGAUGCCAUCAUGAACCUCAUUCACCAUGGGAACAGACAGCUGCAGGUGGUCACUAAGGAACCCGGUGGUCCUAGGAGUCCUGCUGUGUUCGGCUCCAUCAUCUCCUACAUUGAGCAGUUUUUUGAGACUGUUGGAAUUUCUCUGGCAGACCGACAGUUUGUUUCAGGGGACAGCAGCUCGGCCACUCUGCACAGCGUGGUGGAGGAGCUGGUCCGAUUCCGGCUCAAGGUCCGGCAGUUUGCCCUGGCUGCAGGAGAGGCCAGCAGGGAGGCCCGGCGGCAGCAGCUGCUGGAGAGGCAGCCCCUGCUGGAGGCAUGCGACACCCUGCGCCAGGACCUCGCUGCCCACGGCAUCAGGAUUAAGGACAGGAGCAGCACGUCCACAUGGGAACUGCUGGAUCAGAGGGAGACGACCACAAACUGGGGAGCUGAGGACACGUGAAGCGGGAACCACAGGUUCACAGUGCGGUCUGUGCUUGCUUAUGUCAUGAUAGAAGCUUUAUAUUAAAGUUUCUUUUGUGGCUGUUUAGUUAACAUUAAAAUAAGUCAAACC